CCGCACACCGCAGUCCGGCGCAGCCCCGGCCGGGAGAAGAUGGCGGAUCGCGCCGAGAUGUUCUCGCUCUCCACCUUCCACUCGCUGUCCCCGCCGGGCUGCAGGCCCCCCCAGGACAUCAGCCUGGAGGAAUUCGAUGACGAGGACCUGUCGGAGAUCACGGAUGACUGCGGGAUCGGGCUGAACUAUGACUCGGACCACUACGAGAAGGACUGCCUGGUGCUGGAGCGCAGCGAGCAGCCGCACCCCGUCUGCACCUUCCAGGAUGACUUCCAGGAGUUUGAGAUGAUUGACGACAAUGAGGAAGAGGAGGAAGAAGAGGAGGAGGAGGAGGGCAACGAGCUGGAAGCUCCACCGUCCCCUUCAGCCUCGCCUAUCCCCUCGCCUGCCCUGGAGGAGACGCAGAAGCACCGGCCCACCACGCUCAACCUGACGGCACCGGGCACCCAGGACUCCCUGAACAACAACGGCAGCUACCCGCCUCCCGCGCACCGUACCACGUGGCAGGAUGCCCUUCUCCACUCCUCCUCCUCCUCCUCUUCCUCGCACACCGGACACUCGUCUCCCCACGCCUGCAUUCAAGACGGACCCUGCCUGGAAAGCCAGAAGGGGCUGGGGCCGAGCCCCGGGGGGACAGGGCAGGCCCCCACCCCGCCGCAGCCUUCCCUCUUUGACUCGCAAGGCAACAGCCACGAGUCUCUGGCACAUGGUAACCCAUCGCCCGAGCGAGCCGGGGAAGAUUAUAAUAUGAAUAUCAUCUCCUCUGCGCUCAGACCACCACAUUCCCCAUCUCACCUCUGCCAGCUGCCCCCUGAACCGUCUCUCUCUCCAACAGGGCUGGCCGCUCCUGCUCGCAUGCCCGCCGGCUCCGACGCGGGCUCGCAGCCCCAGACCCCCGGGGCCCGGCAGCCCGCGGCUCCGGACGGCCGCUGCGCCCCGCUAAAGCAGCAGGCGGCCGGUGGCCGGGAGAGUCAGGUGCCCAGCGAGGGGGAUGGCGCGGGGGCCGGGAGCCCAGGGUCCCCUGUGGCCCCCCGUGAGCAGUGCGGUGCCCCGUUGCCCCCGGAGGAGCUGGCGGCCAGGGCCUGUGCCCAGCGCAGCGAGGGGCCGGGGUCCCGGCUGCCAGGCCCCCACGCGUGCCCCAAGGGGCCGGCGGAGCAGCUCAGCUCCGACGGGGAGGGCCCCCUGCCCAGCCGGGCGGCCAGCGUGCGCGGGCGCCCCUCGGGCUCCUCGGAGACCACCUCGCCCUCCUCGGACCCCGGCAUCGAGGCCGACCUCACCAGCAGGACCUCCAAGCCCUUCUUGCCCUGCAGCCGGCACAGCGAGGACCUCAGCUCGCCUGGCUCCGACUCGGACGUGGAGGGGGAGAUCGAGGCGGCCUUCGCUGCUGGGCGCCUGGUCAGCAACAUGAUCUCCUCCAUCUCGGAGACGGAGCUUGACCUGAGCAGUGACAGCAGCAGCGGCAGGUCCUCCCACCUUACCAACUCCAUCGAGGAGGCCAGCUCCCCCGCCUCGGAGGCCGAGCUGGAGACCGAGCUGGAGGCGCCCGGCGUCAUGGGCAUCAAGGACUCCCUGCUGCUGGACAAGGGCAAGGAAGAGGAGGAGGAGACCCUGGACAGGGAGCUCCCGGAGAGCGGCAUGGUGAGGCGGGAGAGCCUGGCGGAGCUGAAGAUGGAGGGCUACUAUGACAGCCUGAACCCCGAGGACUCCUCUGCGCCCGUGGACCAGACGGAUGUGUCCACCUCCAGCCCCUUGGACCUGAAGAUCGACCCAGACCACAGCCUGGAGAGCAUCCGGCGCUCCUUCUACCUGCCCGUGGGGCCCAAGCUCAUGCCCGAGGCGGACGAUGAGGACAACAGCGAGUACGACUCCGACUCGGAGUCGGAGCCUGACCUGAGCGAGGACUCGGACUCACCGUGGCUGCUCAGCAACCUCGUCAACAAGAUGAUCUCGGAGGGCUCCUACCCCAUCAAGUGCCCGGACGAGUGCUUCCAGCAGACCCACUCGCUCUGUGACACCAUCUCCCCAGCCUCUGAUCUGGAGCCCGAGAUCCUGAGCGAGGCGCUGGACGAGGAGCCUGGCUUGCGGGACUCCCCGGUGAGUGAGGGGGAGCCGGCCACCCUGCCCUGUGCCCAGCGCAGCAUCGAGCUGGUGGACAUGGAGACGCUGCGCAGCUCCCUGCAGCGCGCCGAGGACGAGCACUCCCUGGGCGUCGGGACGGAGACGGCGCCGGAGCCACCUGCAGACGACCCGGGCCCGUUCCUCUUCCUGAGCAACCCCACUAACGACACCAUCGCACCCGUCUUCCCGGGGCGCCCCGUCUCCCUCGACAGGCUGGGUGGCUCUGAGGUCCUGGCCACCUUUGGCUGCUGCACGGGGCCACCCCGCAGCCCGCCGCGCAGCUCUCCCGGCACCGAGGCCACCUCUGGCGAGCCCUGUGCCACGGUGGAGCCGGCUGCUGGCACCAAGGACUGGGCCGUCGACAAGGACCUGGACUCAGGCAUCCUGGAGGACAACGACAUGAUUGACGAUGUCCGGUUAGAGCCCCUGGGGCAGGACCCCGACGCCUUCCCGCCUGCCCUGGACGUCUCCACCGCCAAGACCAACCGCUGCUUCACCAUGGCCUACUCCACAGACGAGGACGAGGCGCCCUACCUGAAGGGCUCCUCCUUCCCCGAGGACCCACGGGGCUUCCCCGGGGAGCUGCCGCUGCCGCCGGCCCCCGAGGCGCUGGAGCCGCGGGCGCUGGACGAGUCCCUGGCCUACGACUCGGUGAAGUACACGCUGGUGGUGGACGAGCACACGCAGCUGGAGCUGGUGAGCCUGCGGCGCUGCACCUCGGUGCUGAGCGAUGACAGCGACCUGCUCCGCGCCUGCGACCGCUGCGACCUGGAGGACGAGGCGGCCUUCGAGGAUGGGCUGGCGGCCCCCGACGCGCACAGCUCCUCCGAGGACUCGUCCCCUGAGGCCGACCUGCAGUUCUCCAAGAAGUUCCUCAACGUCUUUGUCAACAGCACCUCCCGCUCCUCCAGCACAGAGUCCUUCGGGCUGUUCUCCUGCAUGGUGAAUGGGGAGGAGCGGGAGCAGACCCACCGGGCCGUCUUCAGGUUCAUCCCUCGCCACGAGGACGAGCUGGAGCUGGACGUGGACGACCCCAUCCUGGUGGAGCUGGAGGAGGACGACUACUGGUACCGGGGCUACAACAUGCGGACGGGGGAGAGGGGCAUCUUCCCCGCCUUCUACGCCCACGAGGUCGUCGGCCAGGCCAGGGACGUCAUCGGCCUGAAGAGGAACCCGUGCUGGGUGGAGCGGUUCAACGUACAGUUCCUGGGCUCGGUGGAGGUGCCGUACCACCAGGGUAACGGCAUCCUCUGUGCAGCCAUGCAGAAGAUUGCCACCACCAGGAAGCUGACAGUGCACUUGCGCCCGCCCGCCAGCUGCGACCUGGAGAUCACGCUGCAGGGCAUCAAGCUCAUCCUGACAGUCAACGAGUACGGCCGUGACGAGGAGUUUGAGCGCUGCAGCCACUUCUUCCAGAUGAAGAACAUCUCCUUCUGCGGAUGCCACCCCCGGAACAGCUGCUACUUCGGGUUCAUCACUAAGCACCCGGUGCUGAGCCGCUUCGCCUGCCACGUCUUCGUCUCGCAGGAAUCCAUGCGGCACGUUGCCGAGUGCGUCGGCCGAGCGUUUCAGGAAUAUUACCAGGAGCACCUGGAGUACGCCUGCCCCACAGAGGACAUUUACCUGGAGUAAGGGGGCAGGGCGCUGUGUCUCCAGCUUCCGCACGCCCCCCCCAGCCCCACAGACGGCCAGAGACUCUGUCUGACCCCACAACCAGCCGGCUUGGCCCCUUCUGCACAUGCUCCCACCCAUGCCCAACGGACUCACUGCACAUCCUCACUGCUUCCCCAGGGGGCUGGGGGCCAGGCCGCGGCCAUGGGUGACGGGGGGGGGGCUGGGGUGCGCCCGGCAUCGUCCUGGCCAUGGGGGUGGCACGGCCAUGCCCCGGGCUGGGCGAGAAGCUGCCCCCGUGCAUGAGCAAACCAGGUGGGGACACAGGCCCAGGGCUCUCAGCUGUGACCCGGGCCAGCCGCUGCCACACAGGGUGGGGGCACCAGUGGAGAGCAGGGGGGGCUGAUGUGUGCCGAGGGGGCAGGGCAGCACGGGGAGGGGAAGGGGGCUGGGGGCUUGCUGUGGGGGGCUGAUGGGGGCACGGGCAGGAUUUAGGUUCCAGGGUCAGCAUCUGCUACCCAGCUCUGUGCUGCCCUUGCACCCUCAUGGGGCCCCCAGGCAGACAGAGCUGGGGGGGCUGCAGGAGGGGCUCCCCCCCAGCUGCAGGGCCCCAGGAGCAGCCCCACACCCCAGUGCCCCCCUUCUAAUGCCUCCCCAGCCCCAGUGCUGCAGCCCUCAGGAGUGUGGCACUGCCCCUCCUGCCCCUUCACCCCCCCCCCCCAAGCCUCCUGCCCCACGCCAGUCCCCCCAGGGGACCCUGCCUGGCCAUGGGGAGUGGGACCGGUGCUGGGAUGUGCGGCGCUCAGCCAUGGGGGGUGAUGCUCCUGGCCCUGUGGGAACCCCCCUGGCCUGAAUGUAUUUGCCCCAGGAGAGGAGGACCCAGGGCUGGGGUGGCCGCUGCUCCCGGUACCGGGCACGCAGCCCCCCCUGCUCCUCACUGCUGUGCCUGGUGAUUUAUUUUGCUUGCCGGCCCCGUAUAUCCGACCAGUGCUAGUUUAGUGACUAUACCUCCACUCCGCUCUAUGUACCGAUAUUUAUCUCGUAACUCGAACCAACAAGAGGAGUCCUGAGCAACUGUAACUUGUACAAAACCCUGGUUAAAGGUUCCCCCCUCACUGCCUUGUCAUCCACUUGGUCUUUCAAUAAAAUAUAUGCUUGGUGUGA